AUGAAACAUCAACCAGUCGAAGGCCCGCAUCCGAACUUAGCAGAAAUGCAACCGACAGCCACCAACUCGCUCGGUCGAAUUAACCUUGAGGAAACUGGUGAAGGCAUCACUAUUGCACAACCCGACCAUGUCCAAACUCCUUCGGCCUCUAUCCCGCAUUCAGAAUCGGCUCAAACGUUGGAGGAGCAAUUGAUCAAGCAUACCGCAGAAUUGAAGAUAAAGACUGCCAGUCUGGAGGCAUCGAUCAAUGAAAGACAAUUAGCUCUUGCACGAAUUCUACACGCCUCGAAUGUAACAUCCGAGGACGAUGACCUCCUGGAGCAGGGAGAGCAAUCGCGUGCCUAUUGCGGAGGCGAAGCCGAAUCAGAGCUUCGCCAGGCCGCCUCGGUGUUGCCACCUCCAGCUACCCGACCGAUCCAGGGAUUAGGACAUUUGCUCGAUGAACUCCAGAAGGCUCAAGAUGAGAUUCGCAAAUUGAAAGAUGAGAACAGCAGGUUGAAAGAUGAGAACAGCGAAUUGAAGGAUGAAAACAGCGAAUUGGAGGUUGAAAACAGCGGAUUGGAGGAUGAUCUCGCGUCGCUGCAGAAGGACUAUGCCGGGUUGUACCGGAACGUUGGCAUUUUGCGUCAGGAGAAUGCCAAGUUGUACCAGGACGUUGACAUUUUGAACCAGGAGAUCCACAGGUUGAACCUAGAGGGCGACAUGCUGCAACAGAACGCCACAGGGUGAAAGCAGCGC